AUGUCGCGGCGGUACCGCGGGCGGUCGUAUCAAAACAUUCUGCGCAAACUCCCACGGAACCUCGUGGUGUUUGACGGGCACUGUCUCAUGUGCCAGGCCCGGGUCCAGUACGUGCUGGAGCGCAACUUCUCGUACUUUAGCUUUCUGCGCCUCACGCAGGGCGUGGAUCCGGUGAGGCUUGCGAGGAACAAAAUGUUGUUUUGCAGCUUUGACUCCGUGAACUGGCGUGAGCUACGCCGCAAUUUCCCCCAUCUUUUGAGUGACGCGGACGCCGUCGCGCUGAUUGAGAAGGUGCCCUCGCAGACGGCCUCCUUCUUAAGUCGUGUGCGGCAACGACAAGAGAGGCGGCGUCCGCAGGGGCCAAGUGGAGAUGCGAGGAGCCGUGGACACCAUACUGGCGGCGGCGGCGGUGUGUUUGCGGCGCACAGCCCUCUCGCUCCCCUUGCCUCCUCGACCCCCUCCGCUGCAAGCGGGGUAGCCGACGGCCUUGACGCGGGGGAGGAGGACGUGGACAUCCUUGUCUCUGUCAAGUACGAGGCGGUGUGCCGUAUUGGGAUGAAGCUGGACCGGUGGCUGCCGCGUACGCUUUUUUGUUGCCUGUACUACACGCUCCCGCAGCGGCUGGGCGAUCGCUGGUACGACCACGUCUUGCGGCGGAGACAACUGUGGGGCACUUCGGAGGAGGAUGCGGUGCGGUAUCCGAAGCGGGUGCUUGGGUUGAAGGAGCGCACCUGGAGGCCGUGA